CGAAGCGCGGCCGGUUGAGCUCGUGGGUCGGACGAGUGGGGGGGUGUACCCCCCCACCCGCCCCGGGCAGGGCAGUUAACGGUUUCGGUUCCCCAGGGGAUGAGGAGGAAGCUCGGUUUGAGCUUAUGUGUCCAAAGAUAGGAUGUUGCGUUAAAUAGAACUUUUCUCACAAAUAACAAAACAAGACAGACGGUGAUGAAGGUUUUCUGUGGAAGAGCCAAUCCGACUACUGGAGCCAUGGAGUGGUUAGAGGAAGACGAGAAUUAUGAUUACCACCAGGAAAUAGCAAGGUCCUGCUAUGCAGACAUGUUGAAUGACAAGGACCGAAACACCAAGUAUUUUCAAGGUAUUCGUGCUGCAGUUAGCAGAGUGAAAGAGAGAGGGGAAAAAGCCAUUGUCCUGGACAUUGGGACUGGCACUGGACUCUUGUCCAUGAUGGCAGUGACAGCAGGGGCUGACUUCUGCUAUGGCAUUGAGGUCUUUAAACCAAUGGCCAAUACAGCUGUGAAGAUAGUGGAAAAGAAUGGCUUUGGUGACAAGAUAAAGAUAAUUAACAAGCAUUCUACCGAAGUUACCGUGGGAUCAGAUGGAGACAUGGAAUCCCGUGCAAACAUCCUGAUCACGGAGCUGUUUGACACCGAACUGAUCGGGGAAGGGGCCUUGCCCUCUUACGAACACGCUCACAAGCAUCUCGUACAGGAGGGAUGUGAGGCAGUGCCUCACAGAGCCACCAUUUAUGCCCAGUUGGUGGAGUCCAAACGGAUGUGGUCGUGGAACAAGCUGUCUCCCAUUCAUAUCCAAGCAGAAGGUGUCCAGAAGACCAUUGUCUUCCCACCAGAAAUGAACGUUUGCCCUGGUGCACCUUCCGUCUGUGACAUCCAACUGAAUCAGGUGCCCACGCGUGACUUCGUGCCGCUCAGUGAAGUCAUCCCUAUGUUCAGUAUAGAUUUCAGUAAGCCGGUCAGCAGAGCUUCUGCGUCCUACACAGUGAAGCUGAAACCCAUCAAGUCUGGCAAAGCCCAAGUGGUCCUUUCCUGGUGGGAGAUUGACAUGGAUCCUGCUGGGUCCAUCAAAUGCUCGUUGGCCCCAUACUGGGUACAAAGCACUUUUGAAGAGAACCCGUGGAGAGACCACUGGAUGCAGUGUGUUUAUUUCCUUCCAAAUGAAGAACCUGUGACCCAAGGCCGAAGCGUGGAUUUGACGGCUUUCCAUGAUGAUUACUCUAUGUGGUAUAAACUUCAAAAAAGCAGAAAUGAAGACUCAAAGACUUCUGAACACACCGAGAGGCCAGUGUGCGUGUGUCAGGCUCACCUGUUAUGGAACCGGCCACGAUUUGGAGAACAGAAUGACUGGGACCGCACAUUGCGCUAUUUGCAAGCUCUGAAGAAGGUUCUUAAGCCGAACAGCGUCUGCUUGAGCAUGAGUGACGGUAGCCUUCUCCCGAUCUUAGCUCAUCACCUUGGAGCAGAAAAGGUGUUUACGCUGGAGGGUUCUUCGCUUUCUCGCUCACUCAUGCAGAAAAUUUUUAGGGCCAACCGUUUGGAAGAUAAAAUUACAAUUCUAGAGAAACACCCGGAAUUGUUAACCCCCUCCGAUUUUGAAGACAGAAAGAUAUCCCUUUUAAUUGCUGAGCCCUUUUUCUCUACGAGCUUGCUGCCGUGGCAUAAUCUGUUUUUCUGGUACGCCCGGACGGCAUUGGAGAGUCAUCUCACCAGUGAUGUGACUGUCCUUCCCCAAUCGGCUUCUCUCCACCUGAUGACUGUGGAAUUCAAGGAUUUGUGGCGAAUCCGAAGCCCUUCUGGCACCUGUGAAGGUUUCGAUAUGCGCAUUAUGGAUGACAUGAUAAAGAAUUCCUUAGACUUCCGAGAAUCGAGGGAAGCCGAGCCCCAUCCACUUUGGGAAUACCCAUGCAGAUCCACCUCUGAUCCCCUCACGGUUCUGACGUUUGACUUCCAACAAGCUUUACCAGAACAUCCUCUCAGGGAAGAAGGCAUCCUAAACCUGUCACGAUGUGCGAAGAGUCACGGAGCUGUUCUGUGGAUGGAAUACCAUCUGGCACCUAACAUUUCCAUCAGCACAGGACUUGUGCAGGAUUCCAAUGAAAAGGACUAUUGUCAAUGGACUCCUCACUGCAAGCAGGCUGUGUAUUUCUUCAAUUCGGCUCUCGAACCAAAUUCUCCUGCCAGUGCUGCCUCAGCAGUUGCCUACGCUGUAAGCUUCAACCCAGCGACAGGAGAGCUUCACAUGUACUUUAAACAUUUGAUUUAAUAUAGUAGCCUCUUGUUGGGAUAUGAAAAAAACAAACAAACAUUUGUUUCCCUUUUAGCUUGAUCAAUAAAUACAUCCACAGACAGAUUUAAUAAA